AUGGCUCCUGAAGUCAUGGCUGAGCUUCGUGAUUGGCUAUUUCUUCUCCUUCUGUGCCUCACGCUAUUGGCCGAAGUGCUGCAGUGUGCUGCAAAUGCCUCGCAAGGAAUGGAUACAGAGAGGGACAUAGUGUGUCCCUCUGUGUGCCGCUGUGAUGAAGACUUUAUUUACUGCAAUGACCGUGGUCUAAGUGCUAUCCCACCACUCCCCCCAUCAGCCUCCAUUCUUUAUCUUCAAAACAAUCACAUAGAUAAUGCAGGACUUCCCACAUCCUUGGAGUACCUCACGACUGUGGAGGUUAUAUAUCUCUAUGAUAAUGAGCUGGAUGACUUUCCCAUGCACCUACCACCCUCAUUACGGGAACUUCAUCUCCAAGACAACAACAUCCGGGUGUUACCACGGGCUGCAUUAGCCAGGUUGCCUCUCCUGGAGAAGUUGCAUUUAGAUGACAACUCAGUGUCCACAGUUAGUAUAGAAGACCAGGCUUUUGCAGACAAUCCUCGUCUUCGUCUGCUCUUCCUUUCCAGAAACCACCUUUCUAGCAUUCCCUCAGGGCUUCCAGCCUCACUUGAGGAGCUCCGCUUAGAUGAUAAUCGUAUCUCAACAAUUCCCACGCAUGCCUUCCGAGGUUUAUCUUCUCUGCGCCGUCUUGUCUUGGAUGGUAACCUUCUGGCCAAUCAGCGCAUUGCAGAUGACACCUUCUCACGCCUCUCAAACCUCACUGAACUGUCUUUAGUGCGGAACUCCCUUCAAACUCCACCUCUCAAUUUACCUAGUGCACACCUGCAAAGACUCUCUCUCCAGGACAAUGCCCUGAUCCACAUGCCACGGGGCUCCCUUGAUGGAAUGCGUAGUCUUCAGAGGCUGGACCUUUCCGGGAACAACCUGACCACACUUCCCAGAGGCUUGUUCCGGGACUUGGAGAGCUUGGGGCAGUUGCUUGUGCGUGGCAACCCUUGGCACUGUGGAUGCAAUCUGCGCUGGCUGUACGACUGGCUGGAAGCCAAAGGGAACACUAUUACAGUCCGAGGACUAGCUUGCCAAUCUCCAGAGCGAGUGCGCGACAUGCCACUAAGGGAACUUACUAGCCAAAUGGAUGAGUGUGAAUUGGCAGCUGCUGGAGGUGGGGGGAUAGGUGGAGUGGGUUCACCAGGUGGGGGAGGUACUACUGGCAAUAGAAUGGGUGGAGCAGGAGUCAGUUCCACAACUCUGUCCCCUCCACAGGGAUCCCUGUUCACGCUGCGGUCCAAGCGACCAGGUCUGGGGUUUCCAGACAAAGGCUUGGACUACACACUUGGCAGCAGUGGUGUGGGCAAGAACCUGGCCCUGAAUGUAAAGCCACUAUCCCAUGAUAGCGUCAGGGUCACAUGGAGUGUGGCUCAAACAUCAUCAUCUUUCAGGCUUAGUUGGCUCCGUCUGGGGACUACUGCUGCAAUGGGUUCCAUUACUGAGACUCUAGUGAGGGGUGACCGAAGAGAGUAUCUGCUUACUGCCCUCCAGCCAGCAUCCAGCUACAUCAUCUGCAUGGUGCCCCUAGCCUCUGGCACUGGGAACAAAGGCAGUAUGUCUGGAAGGAACACAGACACAGAUGAGGCUCCAGUGUGUGCAAAGGCUGAGACAUCCGAUCCCAACCUGUCUGAUGUUGACCAAGGGGAGAAUCAGGGCUCGGAGCACAUCACCUCACUUCCACUCGCUGGGAUUAUUGGUGGAGCCACUGCGCUAGUCUCUCUGACACUUAUUCUUGGAAUAUUCUGCUGGUAUGUUCAUCGCUCCAGACGCUUUUCCUCAAGAGAUCACUAUAGCCGCAGUAGCUCACGCAAAAGCAAGCAUUAUGAUGACUACAUUGAAUCAGGCACUAAAAAAGAUACCACCAUCCUGGAGAUCCGAGGACCUGGAUUCCAGAUGACACCAAUGGCUGCCAGAGAGACACUGCAGCCCAAGCCAGUACAGGAAGACUACAUAAUACACACAAUCUUCCCUUCCAAUGGCACAGGUCUAUACAAACCGUCCCACCACACAACUAAUGCAGGCUAUGGCACAAACCGUGGCUAUAGAGAAGGAGGUAUUCCAGAUAUAGAUUACUCUUACACGUGA